AAAAUCAAUAUUUUUAGAAUGUCCUUACGCGAUCAAUAUAUUGAUCAAUAAUUGGUUUAUUUUCAUUAUUUUCACUCGUAGGUCCGCUUAAGACACACGAUUUGUGUUCCUCAGCAAACGCCUAGUCAAACACGAUGUCCCGCAUGAAGAGAUGUUCUUUUUAAGCCAGCCUCCUGGUAGGGCUAUUGUGAUGUACAAGCUUUCAAGCUACAAAAAACAAUCAUAUAGUGGACCUAACCCAUGAUUUUACAUUGGGUUGUUUUGAUGUUUUCAAAGGCUAGUUGGCUAGAAAAACAGUGGAACCCGCGAACUGGGAUUGGAGCAAGCUUUGCACUUAAUUCAUUUUCACACAUUCGGCCUUGAUAUUACACUCUCUUUUGAUCAACACGAGACAAACAAGCAACGUAGCAAGAGUUUCUACUGUUUGUUCUGAAAACUUAUCUACAAUUCCUGAUUUGAGUUUGACUGCUUCGCUAUACUUGUAUAUUACACACAAAAAAUAUCAAAAAUCUUGAAAAACGCCGCGUUAUUUUUUAAAAUGCCCAAAAGAUUAAUAAUUUCAGAAGCCUGCCAUGCUGACAAAUCAAUAAAAAGGAAGUCAAAGUCAAUGGUUUCGUGUACCAUUCGUGGAAGUACAGCAUAGAAAAUUUUAAAACAUUCGUUUAAUCAACUGAUUUUUUUGAUUUUCACCAUUAGGUCGAGUCCGGCAUCCGCAUCAGAAUGUCGGCUCAGCAGUUUUCACUUCGGUGGAAUAAUUACACCAACUACAUUACCGGCGCGUUCGAUUCGCUCCGCUACGAGGAAGACCUCGUAGACGUAACACUUUGCUGCGAGGGCAGAAAAAUUCGGGCUCACAAGAUCUUGCUAUCAGCAUGUAGCGCCUAUUUCAAGGAGAUUUUCAAAGAGAACCCCUGCCAACAUCCGGUGAUCAUAUUCAAGAAUGUGAAAUACACCGACUUGAUGUCGAUUGUGGAAUUCAUGUACCAGGGAGAGGUCAGCGUAGUUCAGGAAUCGCUACCAUCGUUCCUGCAUACAGCUGAGCUGCUCUCGAUCCGUGGUUUAACCGACAACAGUGGCGAUACGAGACAGCCGCAAACCCAGCAACCAACAUCCUCGUUGGCACAGCAAAUCAUCCAGACGCAGAAUCAAAGUCUGCUGGAUAAAGCAACGAUUACGACGGCCGAGUCCGUAUAUCUCACUCUGCCGUCGAAUUCAACCAUCGUACAUCAACCUGCAAAGUUGCUGCAGGCUCAAAUUCAGACAGCUCCCCAGAUUCUGAACAAAACCAUUAUCAAAGCUGCAUCCGCCGAAAUGCCGGCUUUGACUGCUACCGGAGCCACCAUCACCGUCCCGAUUUCCCAACCACAACAGCAUACCAUUGCUGCCAAGAUCCAGGUUCAACCACAACAAACUGCAACCGUACAACAGCAAGUACAGGUGCACCAACCACAGAUACAGCAGCAGCAGCAUGUCCAAACGCAUCAUCAGCAAUCACAACCCCAGCAGCAGCAGACCCAAGCCACAACCCUGCAGGAAGUGGUGGAAAGUGUAGUCAGUCAACCGAAGAAAAAGAAGAUCAAAGUACAACAGAUUAUUACGUCCACCCCGAACCAAUCGGGUGGCCCGACUACGACUGUUGUGACGACUCAAGUGCCCCAGGGUGCAGCGGCCGGAUCUGGCGACACGGAAAUCUACGAGACGUCCACGGAAACCUACCACAUUACGACGGCUAAGGCGGAAUCGGUUGAGCAUCGGGUGCAGGAACAAGAACAAGUUGAAACCUAUGUGGAAGCAGCCCAGGCCAGUGGUGCGACUCUGAAGAUGGAAAUACCGGAAUACAUCGAUUGUAGCGAGGCAAUUAAUGCUUCGAGUGCGAACAAUACCUCCUACAUACAAGAGGAAAGCUACGAGCUGGUCGGCGAGAACAUGGAAGAUAAGGACGAGGAUGAUGAGGAUAUGAAUCAGGACGGUAUCGAAAUGGAAGCAUCGGAUAUGGAUAUGAGUAGGAUUUUCCAAGGAGCGACAGAUGAUCAGACCAAGGCUACUUUGUUACAAGAUAUUGUUAGUACAAACAAAUGGUCCCAAUGUCAAAUCUGUAAAUUGGUAAUUACCUCGGUCAAUCUGUGGAGGCACAUGCGAACGCAGCACACGAAUCAAGAACCGAAGAAGUGUGAUCAUUGCAGCAAACAGUUUAAGAAUAAGUACAGUUUGCGUGAGCACGUGCGCAUGGCUCACGAGAACAAACUGCAGCAGCAGCAGCAGCAGCCGCCGCCUCAACAGCAACAAUCGAUGACAACAGCAGUCAGCGGGGAAGCCCUCUCGCCACGAACUAGUUCGUUAACCUUAGGUUCGGUGUUGGAGGAAAACAACAGCCCGGGAAUAUCUGUGGAUGCAUCGUCGGCAGCCGGGUUGACCGUGCUGUCCGCGGCGCAGCUGGCGGCUGCGACCACGAUGAAGCUGUUCUGAUUGCAGUUCUAAGGAAUUUGUCUAUCUAGAACGGAUGGAACGAAUUGAUUUGUGGUACAAAAUGUAUAAUCCAUUAGGUGCAAUUAGUUACAAAGUAAAUUUGAUACGCUGCAGCAUCACAAAACGUUUUAAGGAUCGCGAUUCUGAUUGUCGCCUGAAGUGAUUUGUUGUUGAAAAUUGUACCUUAUAGCGAAUCUGCUCAUCGGGAUAUGUACAUCAGCAUAAGUAGUCAGAAACACGUUACGGCAUAACGACUAAUGAGUUCGAUACAUGAGAAUAGAAGUCUUGUGGAGUGUUGUCUAUGUAUGAUAUUCGUAAAUUAUUCUUAAUGUUAUAUAGGUACUAGAUCCAUGAUUAGUGAAUAGUUUAUAAUAGAAUGAAUCUCUUGAUUAACGCUGUAAAUAAACCAUCUUAAUAGAUUCCAAAAAUAGUUUUGUACUUUUUCGUUCGUCUUCAACUAUACAGAAUGAGGUCUGUCAACUAGAUCAAUGCUUUCUACACAUGCUUCCGGAGAUCGAGUUGGUCGAAACCAAUUUUUAUAACCGCCAAUGAUCUUGAAUUAGUAAUAAAGUUUCAUGAAUAUAAACACGUUUUGAAAACGUUUAAGCCACAUUCUCCUAGACUUCCAAGCUGAUUUGAAAGCUGGCUAAUAGUAAUUUGU